UCACGCGCGGCUUCCUGUUUCAGAUUCCCGGACGCUUUACUGUCCAAACCAAACCCACAGGAUAUUUUCUACUGUACAACGUUUACGGUCUAUUUAUUAAUAUUCAACGGAUUAACUUUCUUGACAACAGUUUGUAGUUUGAUAAAGUCGGCCAGAAAUGUUUGUCUUAUGCAAAUAGAGCUGACGUUCGAUCAGAAGUCAGUGACUGCAAGCCCAAAACUUUCUGAGGAAUUCAUUUUCAACAUUGUGUUUGUAACCGGUGUGUUAAAUGGAGGAGGCUUACACAGCACUUUAUCAAGAGUUUCUUCAUCUCCAGUCAAUCUGCUUAAAGCAAGCAGCAAUGUUACAACAUCUCUCUGACAUUGUACAAAAACAGCAAGGUGGUAAUGAUGUCAGUCAUAUUGACGGCAAACUAGACAAGUUACAUCUAAAUCUGGACCUGCCGGAUCAGAAACAGGAUGGCCAUGAUAGGGCCGUUGUCCAAAAUCCUCUUAGUACAGUGAAUAACAGUCCUUGGGAAGACCUGAGAAAAGCUGAACAACACUAUAAUGCUACCCAGACUUCACAACUGAGACGGAGGCCCUGGUCUUCCUCUUUUUUGGACAGUGAGAUGGUCAGUCAGGCUGGAGGACUCUUCAUGUCUGGAGUCACGCUUCAGUCGCAGAUCUGUGAGUUCUGUCAUGCUGUUUUUCCUGGACAUACAAGCACUCGUGGAGAGUUUCUGCGUCAUCUUACAACACACAUGACCUGAUGAUGAUGAACUGUUUUAAUCUGCAGUUCUGGAUGAUUAUUAAUGUUAAUAAUAAAGUAGAUCCUUGAUGUUAUUAAAAUACUCACUAAACCUCCUUGGUGAGGUAUAACAAUGUUUAAAGAUGCAUUGUGUUUUAGCUGUUAUUCUACGUUGUUAUGAAUGAGUUCUGAAUAAAAAGAAACUAAAUUCAUAAAUAGCCA